CCCAACCCAGGCUGUGGUUCAGCUCUCAGAGGGACUUGAGCACCAGGCAGCGAGCAGUCUUAAGCCAAGCCCCCUGCUAGUAUGGCCAGCGAGUUCAAGAAGAAGAUCUUCUGGAGGGCCGUGGUGGCCGAGUUCUUGGCUAUGACCCUCUUCGUCUUCAUCAGUAUUGGCACUGCCCUGGGCUUCAAAUACCCGGUGAAGGGAAACCAGACGGCGAAUGCGGUGCAGGACAACGUGAAGGUGUCACUGGCCUUUGGGCUGAGCAUUGCUACAAUGGCCCAGAGUGUGGGCCACAUCAGUGGCGCGCACCUCAACCCGGCUGUCACGCUGGGGCUGCUGCUCAGCUGUCAGAUCAGCAUCCUUCGGGCAGUCAUGUACAUCAUCGCCCAGUGCGUGGGGGCCAUCGUUGCCACUGCCAUCCUCUCGGGCAUCACCUCCAACCUGCCCAUGAACACGCUUGGCCGAAAUGACCUGGCUUCUGGCGUGAACUCAGGCCAGGGCCUGGGCAUUGAGAUCAUUGGCACCCUGCAGCUGGUGCUGUGUGUACUGGCCACUACUGAUCGGAGACGGCGUGACCUCGGUGGCUCAGCUCCCCUAGCCAUUGGCUUCUCUGUGGCCCUGGGACACCUGCUGGCGAUCGACUACACUGGCUGUGGUAUUAACCCUGCUCGGUCCUUUGGCUCCGCGGUGCUCACCCGUGACUUCACCAACCACUGGAUCUUCUGGGUGGGGCCAUUCAUUGGAGGAGCCCUGGCAGUGCUGAUCUAUGACUUCAUCCUGGCCCCACGCAGCAGCGACCUCACAGACCGCAUGAAGGUGUGGACCAGCGGCCAGGUGGAGGAGUAUGACCUGGAUGCAGAUGACAUCAACUCCAGGGUGGAGAUGAAGCCCAAAUAGAAGGGCUUGGCCUAAGCAUCCACAUGGGGCAGGGGCAGGGGCAGGGAAGGGCGGAGGGAGGGGAGGGCUAAAAUCCAUAUUGUAGACACUUUGCCAAGCUGGCUGAAGUCACUCCCCAAGGUCUGCCAAAUCUGCACAGUCAGGCCUCUUUGGAGGUGUUCCUCUCACUUUCUUUCUUUCUCUGUUUCCUGGCCUCAAAGCUUCCUGGGGACCAAGAUUCACCAAUUCACCCCUCCCUCAUCACUGAAGAAAUGAAAGAGAGAGAAUCAUCUGCUAAUAUCCCCUCAGAGUAUGAUGGGAGGUAUGCCAGAAAGCCCCCCUUGACCCCAAAGCUGGUUGCAAACUCACCUGCCACGGGGGCCUAAGGUCCUACUGUAUUGCUUUAAUGCCUUUGGGCAAUGCUCCCCUUCCCUGAUAGGCACUGACCCCAGGAGUCUUUUGAAGGAAAGAGGACAGCUAGAGGGGUGCAGGUGGCAGAUACGAUUUGCCCCUCAGUUUGGCUUGCUUCCAGGGUAUGCCCCGCCCAGACUUGUGCAUGACAUGGAAUUGUUCCUGUCUCAGGGCUUGAGUGACCUCCAUCUAUAAAGUGGUACAGGGAGAAUUGUGCAGAGGGCACCACAGGUUUCAGAAAGCAUGGUCUAGACCAGUGCAGUUUCAUGCAUUGUGCUGGGGCAUUUUCCAAGUACAAAACUGUACUCAGAUCUGUGUGACUAUAUACUCUUGCAGAUGCAUUCUGGGGUGGAGAUGGGCAGAUAGUUUAGGUGGUAGAGGGUACCUGUUCCCUGCCAAAGGUUGGUGGUGUAUGUGGAGGGGAUUUGCUAGACAGAGGCUACUGUUGUAGGGAAGGCUAUUUGAAGGGCAAAGGAAGGACACUCCUGUGCCCUCACUGAGGUUGAGCUGGUCUUUCCAUUUAUCACAGCAUAGACUUCAACAUUAUUCCAGUAGAGACCCAGGACACUGGUAUGUGGGUCUGUUUCAUAAAGAGCACCUGGGUUAUCUGAGGCCCCAAGCCUAUGUCUAUCAGUCUAUGGUGACAGAUGCCCUUCAAAGGGAUUCCAGGCUUGGAGCUGAGCCUGAGCAGGGAAGAACAAUUCCCACCCUUGCCCUCAAGGUCAUAGGUGGAGCCAUCUGGGGCAGCUGAGUGAGCUGCACAGGCUUGCUGUGUGACUCCAGGCCAUCACCUUCCUUCCUCACUGACCUCGUAGAGGUCAGCCCUGACCUGAUGAUGAAGCUCCUGCUGCAGCCCAGGGGCCAUUCAGAGCAGAGUCUGCUUGGGGGCUGAUGUCUUCUACUCCACUCUACGAGUCCGCAAGUCCGAUGGAUUCCACCAGGCCAGAGAAGCUCCACUGCUGUGCCAUAGCCAUGAAGGCAACAUAAGCUGAGAGACAUAAUCACAAUCACAUAGAUGUUUAGAAGCACAAGGCAGAAUGGGAGCCAGUAUCACCAGAAAAUCACAUCUGCACGCUCUCUUCUCCAUUCUCUAGCAGGAAAUUUCAGCCUAUUUAGGAAAUAAGGAAACUGAGGCCCAGGGUCCCACAGCUAGAUCAUGAUUUGGCCAUUUUGGCAACCAAGGUCAUGUCUGGCUCCUCCCUGGACCACUAGGUAGAUUCAUUUCAUUCUGCUUCUCAGUUUGUGCCUGGGCAAUGGCCAAGGGCCAAGAGGGGGGAAGUUGUGAUGGAGCAUGAGGGGCAGACCCAGCCCUGCCUGGUUCUGGCUGCUGUGUCUCAGGACCCUACAUCUGUCUGCUCAGCAUUUAUGUCUCUUUGGAAUUGGAAUUGUAUUAUACAUUAAGAAAAUAAAGGAAAAUGACUUAUAAUGUC